CGUCGCUACAGCUAAGAUGAAAGCAGUUACUUCAAUAGUUUUGGGAUCAAUCCUUGUGUUGUCCUUAUUGAAAAAUGUAACCUAUGCAAAAGAACUUCAUCUCGACUUACCGGCAACGCACGAUUACCCAUCAAAUGGUACACUACAGUGUAGUCAAGGGUUUCACAUCGUGGUUAGAAAGGCUACUUUAUUUCAUAAUGGUAACAGGAACGAAAAAGCAUGGUAUCGGCCAAAGAUGGCGUGUGAUUUGGAACAAACAUGCGACUUUAAACUUGUACGAGAACAAUAUAAUUAUCUGAAUCCAGCGCCGACAGGAGCCUUUCAACUUACUAUUAAUUACGAUUGUAAACAAGAUGACUUUCAAGGAAUUCCAAGAAGGAUAAAAGACUAUGGAAGAAACCAAGACUGUCCCAAUGACUCUUUUCUUCAGAAACACGUUGCUUAUUUUAACGAUGAAAGAAUCGCCAUUGAUUCGCAAGCGGCAAACAUGGAAAGGGAAGUGAUUGCCAUGAGCGUCUGUGCUCAAGUCAAACGUUUUAGGGACCGCAAUCCAAGACCGCCAAUGGAUCCAUAUCUUAACACAGUGUUUUUAAUACAUGAAAAAAAUACACUUAAGAAAAAUUUCGAGCCGAGUCCACGUGAAAACACUAAAUGUCAACUUACGAACGAGGCUCUGGCCCGUUCAUUUAAAUAUGAAUGUCGGAAAGGAACCAAUAAAUGGACAUGUAAUAUGAGUAGCAGGAGAACUGACGUGGCUAAACAUGACAAAAAUAAUAGCCAUUUAGGCUAGGAAGCAAGGCUCGAUCCAAAACCGUAACCAUAACCGAAUUUCCUCCCAAAACAACACAGUGUACUGCAGUUUCGGAAAAAACUGUAUAAUAAAAUCAUACUCACAAUUCAAUAUAACAUGUAUACAA